GCCACCGCAUCCUUUGCACAGCGAUCGGUUCCUCACCUGUGCGAACUCUCUUUUGUUGCUGGCAUAACAGGCUCAGUUCGCAUGCAUAUUGAAUGCACUGAAUACUUCCGGACAAAUCACCGGCUUGCCGGUGGGAUCCCGAUGCGGUGGGAACUCAGUAUCAUACCUUAUCACCACAACCCCCUACAGAAGAUGUCUUUUGGGAAUACGGGAAGAACUCGGACAAAGCUCUGCUUUCGCAGCAGCCGGGGAUGUAUCAUUACCCAUCACUCGAGACGCGCGGAUAGGUGGCCUCGCCGAAUACCCUCUAGGUAUUCCAUCAGUUAUGUAGCAACUGGCUCGUCUACAGCACCCAGGGUUAUUGUUCCAGGUCCGUAAGACACUUAUUGUGGGUAUGAUAUCAGAGUAUGGGGGGGGGGGACUGGCUAUCAUACCAAAACGGGAUGGGGAUGGGAUGUCGAUAAAGUGUUUUCUGAGAAGGGGGGGUGGCAGAUAUGCCUAAGAGAUACGAUUCGAGGUUGCCGUGUUUCCCCCUUCUUCCCAAGGUGUCCCCAAGGACAUAUCUGAAGGACGGAUGAGGAGAUCACGAAUCAUUUGGUCCACCUCUCAAAUGAAUUUUGCCCCUCAGGAGUGCCAACGCUCUCAUCGGUGGCUGCGUAAGCAUCCAAGAGGUUACCCAAAGACCAACACUCCACUUGAUCUUUCCCCCUUUCUCUCCACCGUUUCUCCCACUUCCUAACUUUCAACAGCUCAAACUACGAACAACCUGCCCCCCCUCUCUAACACCCACUCUCCACUCUCCCAUUAUUAGAUCUUGAUGUCAUCUAAAGAGCAAUAUAAUCCCGAUACCAAAUCCCCAACAAUUUACCGCACACACUCCCCCACCCCGCACCUAGCCCCUCGCUCGAAUUUGGACAAUCUCCCUCCCGAGAUUCUCCACCUCAUAGUCAAAUACUGUGUGAGCAGCCACAGAUUCACAGCGAUUUGUCUAAUUAGCAGAAGGUUCUAUCGUGCUGCUUGCUUGGUAAUCUAUUCCUCGAUACGUUUGUGGUGGAACCAACACCCAAGCACCCCCACCUCUAAUGAGGUCCCGACCUCCUUCGCAUUGAGCAUAGAUCUCAAGGGACGCACUCCAUGGAAGUCGCACUUGCGUACUAUGGAGAUCUUAGGAGACUCAUGGUGGAACCAAACUAGAUAUUGGGCUAUGGCUACGGUUGGGCGGGAGCUGGCAGAGUGCACAAAUGUUUCUUUUUUCAGGUUUGUCCCAUGGUCCGGCCCUCCCUUCAGAAAAAUCUCUGCAGGACUGAUAGAAUAGAUGGUGGUGCGCGGAGGGACCGCCGCCGGUGCUGGUCGACGGAGUUCUGGCGCUUAAAAACGCCCAAACUUUAAUACUUAGUUCGUAUUCCCAUCGCCACCCACCGCUACCCGCGUUCUGCACUAUGUUAUCUCUGGGUUAUCUCCUAAACAAGAUGCGGAAGAACGAUUAUUCCUGUUUGCAAGAUCUUAGGCUGGCUCCGAUCUGCUCUAAAAAGAGCCUACGGCAUCUUGGCGAGACAAUCAGUAGAUUACGCCUCCGCAAGCUGGUAGUGGUAGGAUUGGCCACCAAGAUGAGGCCGCUUCUCAGACUCAGACAUUUAGUAAGGAGCGUAAAAAUUGGCAGUCACAAACCAUGGGUCCAAGAUUAUACCAACUUCGACUUUGAAGGUAUACCAACAUGCCGGGGAACUCUCUUGAGUGUGGAGAAUCUGAGGGGUCUUGUGCUUCAAGAUUGCACAAACGCCAACGGGCUAAUAUCCAAGCUGGGAAAGCAAGGUGAAUCGCUUGGGAGUUUGCAUUCCAUAAUUAUCGAGUACAUCAAGGGAAGCCAGCAAGUCAACCCCAUCACCGCCAUCACAACCGCCAACGAGCCCCCAGGGGAGCGCGUGGAAGUUGAAAUGGGUCGUGCAAAUCGCGAAAUCCAACUGAUCGACGCCUCAAUCAAAAAUUCUAUAAAAACCCUCAAAUACCUCCGCCUUAACGUCUUAAGAAACACCCAAUGGGGGGGAGUGGGGGCGCUCGGAACCACUCAGACUCCAACAUUCUUCGCGGUACAGGACAUCGCUCAGCUGAACACAUACCAGAACCUCCGACAACUGAGCCUAUGCCUUUGUUUACUCCCGAGCAAGAUCUCAUAUGUGUGCCGCGCUCUCCCACCUGGCCUUGAGCUGUUGGAACUCUCGUACAGGAACAAGGGGUAUCAGAACAGAGAAGUAGUGCGAGAGUUGAUGUUAAUGACAUACGCACUGAAACGUCGAGCAGUGAAUACCAUGGAGGGAUGUUUUCCCUUGAAAUGUAUUAUAACGACGGAGCUGAGGCCCUGUCUGGAUGGGGAUUAUUUGCAUUCUAGGGUAUGGCUAGUUGACGGAGGGAGUGGAAGAGUUUUUGUGUAUGACGGGGGGUUGCAGGAUUUAUAUAUGGAUGGGCAGCCAUUUUCCAAGUUUGUGAAAAUUAGAAUGGGAAUUAUCGAGGAUGUGCUGUGA